AUGCGGGAGAUUGGUUCCAGCCCUCACUCUGCCACCAAACCUCAGGUGUUAGAAGAAUCAAAGGAGAUGAAUGAGCCUGAAACGGCUUUGGAAAGUGUUUACAUAUCAGUUAGGAAUCGGGUCAUAGGACUGAAAUUGCUGGAUCGAUGUAAUCUUGAUACAAGUACAGAUUUUUCUGACAAGUUGGCUUUUAAUAAUCAACUGACAGGUCAGCCGAGUUGGGGAACACAGCCACCACGGUGGUCCCACGGUCCACGGUCCCUGUGGGCUGUCCGGUGGUGGAUGCAGUCUCUCUUGGCCUCAAGUGCCACGUCAGAUGGCAGGGGAUGACUGCAUCCUUUCAGCACUGUCACCCAGAGGACCGCGGGUGAAGACUGCAAUUCUGAGGACCCUCCUGAUGAACUUGGGCCCUCUCUUGCAGAACGAGCCUUAAAGCUAAAAGCUGUUAAACUGGAGAAGGAAGUACAGGAUUUCACAGUGAGAUACCAGAGAGCUGUAACUGAUGGUGAAAAUAUAAGAAGGCGAACCCAGAGGUGUGUAGAAGAUGCCAAAAUAUUUGGAAUUCAGAGUUUCUGUAAGGAUUCGGUGGAGGUGGCGGACAUUUUGGAGAAGACUACAGAGUGUAUUUCUGAAGAAACAGAGCCUGGAGACCAGAAGCUCACUCUGGAGAAGAUCUUCCGAGACUUGUCAUUUUUAGAAACAAAGCUGAAAAGUGUGUUUGCCAAACAUGGCCUGGAGAAGCUGACACCCACUGGUGACAAAUAUGACCCUCAUGAGCAUGAACUCAUCUGUCAUGUGCCAGCUGGUGUUGGGGUACAGCCUGGCACUGUGGCAUCAGUAAGGCAGGAUGGCUACAAGCUUCAUGGCCGCGCCAUUAGACUCGCCCAGGUGGAAGUGGCGGUAGGGUCUCAGAGACGACUAUGA